AUGGCAACAUUCACCAAAUUGUCCAGUACGACCAUAAUCCUCCUAACAAUCCUUUUCCUAAUCCUCUACAACCACCCUUCACGCACCGAAACACCACACCACUACGCAACCCCCUCCAAAGACGGAAUCCGAAUCCCCAAGAAAAUCUGGUACAAAGUAGGCCCGAAAGGUCUAUCCGCCGACUCGGCAACCUGGGUCGAAGAAUGCAUGCACAAGAACCCAUCCUACAGCGUGCAGAUGCUGACCGACGAAACGGGCGAUGAAUAUGUGAGGGCGCGGUUCGGAUUACGCCCAGAUAUCGUGCACACCUACCUAGCGCUACAAAUCCCAAUCCUGAAAGCCGACUUGCUGCGCUACCUGCUUCUGUACAGCGAGGGCGGGGUAUGGUCUGAUCUUGACGUGUCGUGCGAAGUGCCGAUUGAGGAGUAUGUGAGUGUGGAAUAUGCAGGGCGGGCUGGGCUGGUUGUUGGGUGGGAAUUUGAUGUUGGGUGGGGGGAGAAUAUUAUGCGGCAGUUUGCUAGUUGGACGAUUAUGGCGGAGGCGGGGUGUGUGCAUUUGGGGGUGGUUAUUGAUGAUAUUGUUGAUGCUGUUCGGGAGAAGGCGGAGAUGUUUGGAGUUGGGAUUGGGGAGUUGAGUGUUGAGAUGGCGGGGGAUGUUAUUGAUCUUACGGGGCCGAGGAGGUUGACGAGGGGUGUGUUGAAGAGUUUGGGGAAUGUGAGGGGUGAGAAGUUUGAUGUGGAGAGCGUGUCGAGGUUAGGGAAGCCGGUGCUUGUUGAGGAUGUGUUGAUCUUGCCUGGGUUUGCGUUUGCAGCGAGCUCGAAUAAUUAUGAGCCUGGAGAGUGGAACGUUACUGGGCCGGCGCUGGUGACGCAUCAUUAUGCCGGGAGUUGGAAGAAUCACCAUGGGGGCGAGAUGUGA